GAGGAGACAGCGUUAACAAACCUAGACAGAGAAGUUUUCGUAUAGCAGGAAUUAGUGACAGCCUUUGUGUGUGUUUAGAGCACUGGGCUACACUAUUGUUUGAGAGGAACAACGGAAAAGAAUAUGUAGUUGGGAGGGAACAGAUUGAGACAUGUUCAUGGACACCCUGGGUUUAGAGUGAGCUGAUCAGCAAUGGGUGCACCCUGGACAAACCGGCUGUGUUAACUACCAGUAUAGACAGUGCCUGGGAUUAACAGAUUGAAGGCAGACGUGCAUAAAGUGGUGGCUGUCUACCCAGGACCUGGAGAGAGACUGAUGUGAUCACAGAGGAUCAACAUGGCGUCACCACACCCACUUAUCCCUCAAACCUCAGUGUCCAUAACCAAUGCUGCACUUCAUCUGGAGGAUGAAGAGGAGCAAGGAGAGAGUUUUGAGUUUGAUGACAGUGAUGAGGAAGGUUGUACAACAGUGGACGUUGGAAAGACAAAGGGUUUUGGCGCCGCUGUGCUGGGAUCUGCACUAAACUCAUGCUCCUACCAGAACAAAACUUUCAAAAGGAAUACAAUGGAUCCUGCUUCCUCUGAAGACCCAGUAAACACACACAAUAGAACAAAUGGAUGUCCCUGUACUGGACACGAGGACCCUAGCAUUCAGCCACUCUAUCAUUCUAAAGGCUUAGAUAUGGUGGUCAGAGAAUCUCCUGAAGGACGAUCAAUCUCCUCUGAGCUGGGAGUGAUCGGGGGGUCAGACAGCUCCUGGAAGGGAAGCAGCACGUAUGAAGUUCAGGCACCAUAUCAAGCCAAGGAAUGGUUCACUGUGGUUUCAGAGCUCACUCUGCGACUGCAUAAAGGAAAGACUUCUUCCAAAUUUGAUGCUGGGAGUCAGGGUGAUGCAGACAGUUUUCAGAAUGUCUCCAGUCCUGACAACGCAUGCAGUCCAGACAUGGUGUCUAGUCCUGAUGCUCUGCACUGUCCAGAGGGAAUGGUUGGCACAGACGAUGUGGCCAGUUCUGACCAGAUGACCAGCCCAGAGGUCAUCUAUGACGAUGUUCCCUGUGAGAGCCUACUCUCUCCUAUAGAAGAUGACAUCUAUGAGGAUAUCCAGAGGCCUACAGACCGUCAUGGCAGCAACAAUGGCUGGAGCUCCAGUGAGUUUGAGAGCUAUGAUGAGCUAUCAGACAGUGAGACCAAACCCCCAGUCCGCAGUAGCAGUAAGCUGUCUCCCGAACUGCGUGGACUAAAGGAGCGCUGUGUCAAGACCAAGCGUGACCUGGCUGUGCGCUUAGGGUCUCGUGAUGUCACACACAUCAAACAGAGCUGUGACAUCAAGGUCCAGAAACUUAUGAAAGCAGCCAGAAAUGGCACCAAGGGCGGACUAGAAAAGACAAAAUUAGCCAUGAUGCGCAAAGUCUCUUUCCUACAGAAAAAAGAUACCAGCGGAGACAGUGAUGAUGAUGCUGGUUACCUAGAUGUCACUGUAUCUGAAGUAAAGCACCCACCUCCACAGUUGAGCCCUAUGCCUGAGGGUCUUACCACCCAACAGAUUGUGAGACGCCACAUCCUCAGUUCCAUUAUUCAAAGUGAGAGGAGCUACGUAGACUCUCUCAGGAGAAUCCUACAGGAGUACCAGAAGCCUUUGUUGGAGCCAGAGGUCCGGAUCCUAAAUCCAAAGAAGGUCCCUCCCAUAUUUUACCGUCUCCGGGAGAUCCUGCAAUGCCACUCCAUGUUCCAGAUCGCCCUGGCGUCCCGCGUGGCCGAGUGGGAGGACAGUGAGAAGAUAGGAGACCUCUUUGUUGCCUCGUUUUCUAAGUCAAUGGUACUAGAUGUGUACAGCGACUAUGUCAACAACUUUACCAAUGCCAUGGCACUUAUUAAGAAAGCCUGCAUCUCCAAACCAGCAUUCCUGGAGUUUCUCAAGAAGAAACAGGCAUCCAGCCCUGACAGAAUCACUCUCUAUGGCCUGAUGGUGAAACCAAUACAGCGCUUCCCUCAGUUCAUCCUUCUGCUACAGGACAUGCUGAAAAACACUCCACCAGCCCACCCCGACCGCCUGCCCCUGCAACUAGCCCUCACGGAGCUGGAGACUCUUGCUGAGAAGCUCAACGAGCAGAAACGCAUGGCCGACCAGGUGGUGGAGAUUCAGCAGCUGGCCCGCAGCAUUGGAGACAGGAACCUCAGCAAGCUGUUGAACUCAGACCAGAGGCAGCUGGUACAGUGUGAGGUGCUCAUUGAGACGGUGUACGGGGAGAAAGGACAGGUCCUCAAGUCUAAGGAGCGCAAAGUCUUCCUUCUCAAUGACAUGCUAAUUUGUGGCAACGUCAACGUUAAAUCUGAGUGUGGCAUUGAUAACAUCUUUGAUGAGCAAAGGGGUCCCCCUGAUAUCAGCAGCCUGGUUCCCAUUGGUCCUAAGUACAGUGUGAAGUGGAGCGCUCUCCUGAUGCAGGUGCAGGUGGUGGAGGCGGGACAGGAGAGUGUCCAGAGCAAGGACGUCCCUGUACAGCAUGGUGGAGGGAAACGACUCAACUCUGUGUCAAGUGUUCCAGGUAAACUGAUCCUGGGUCCUCCGAGGUUGUACCAGGACCUGGAGGAGCUGCAGCAUGACCUGGAUGUGGUGGAACAGGUCACACUAAUGGUGGGGACUCUACAUGGGGAAUACCAGAACCUGAACACAACAGUGGGCCAGGACUGGUGUUUGGCUCUCCAGAGACUUAUCCGUAUCAAAGAGGAGGAGAUCCAGUGUGCCAACAAGUGCCGCCUGCGGCUGUCAGUGCCAGGCAAGCCAGACAAAUCUGGACGUCCGGUCAGUUUCAUGGUGGUCUUCAAUACCCCCAGCCCCCUCAGCAAAAUAUCUUGGGUGAACCGACUGCACCUAUCCAAGAUAGCCCAGAGGGAGGAGAACACACCAGGCUGGGUCUGUACAGAGGAUGAUGGGAAGACCAAACCUCCACUCUGGUGCCCGCUGCUUGCCUACCGGAUGCCUAUUUUCUCUGCCAAGGAUAACCAAAAACUGACCACUGCCCUUCACAAUCCUGUCCAGUUUGCCCUGCUUGGCUUCUCUGCUGCUAGCACAUCAUUGCCCCAAGGAUACCUCUGGGUGUCCAGUGGAGGUAACUCCAAUGAAGGCCAAAUAGAGAUCUUCUCCUUAAACCGGUCUACACCUCGCACUGUGAAAUCCAUCCAGCUGGGGGCGCCAGUCAUGUGUCUGGAGUAUGUGGCAGAGCCCAGUCUUCCAGAGGAAGGGGAGCAGGGAAAGGCAGCUGAGAACACAGCCAGGAAUGGCAACACCAUCUGUGUGGGUCUGCAGGAUGGAAACAUCCUGGUAUAUAGUAGUGUGGACACAGCUGCCCAAUGCCUGCUAACCCUUGCAAACUCUGAGGGCUGUCCAGUCCUGUGCCUGAAACACUCAGCAUCCUUUCUGUUCGCUGGGCUGGCCAAUGGAAAGGUUUUGGUUUACAAACAAAAGAGUGGAGAGAGUCUUUGGGACCCUGAGUUGUACAGGCUGAUUACUGUUGGCCUUGCCCCUGUUCGUACUCUUCUGACCCUGCAGGACUCAGUGUGGGCAAGCUGUGCCAACCAGGUUACUGUCAUCCAGGGUGCCAGCCUCACUACCCAGAGGUUUGAGGUGCAUCCAGAGCUCACUGCCAGUGUGAGUCACAUGAUACAGGCUGGCGGUGGUGUAUGGAUGGCCUUCACCCAGGGAUCCUCCAUUCGUCUGUUCCAUACUGAGACACUGGAGCACCUGCAGGAGAUCAACAUCUCCACACGCAUCUCUCACCUAACUCCAGGUCAGGGUGCUGUCCAGGUCACCAGCCUUCUCAUCUGCCAGGGGCUUCUCUGGGUGGGCACUGCGCAGGGCAUCAUCAUCACCCUGCCUGUGCCAAAGCUGGAGGGCAUCCCCAAAAUUACAGGUAAAGGGAUGACCUCCCUGAAUGCUCACUGUGGCCCAGUAGACUUCCUGGUCGCCACCUCCAGCACCCUGUCACCUGACAUGCUCAAGCGAGACUCUGUCUAUGAAGGAAAUGACCAGACUAAUGGCGUUGGAGAAGGAAACGAAGCGAGAAGCGGAGGAGGAGGGGACGUGUCUUCGGAGCAAAAAGACUUAUCCCAGGACUCCCUGUCUCAGCAGCAGGAUGGCUCCACCAGGAGAGAGGCCAAGCCCAGGGGAGUGCUGCUCCAGUACCAACUCCGCUCCACCUCCCAGCUCCCAGGAAAGUUGCUGACGGCCCAGCCUGACCAGGGUCCCCAUGAGCCCGUCCUGGACUCUCCAGAGCACAGCCCGGAGGAUGGCUCAAUCUACGAGCUGAGCGAGGACCCUGACGUGUGGGUGCGGGGGAGGCCAGUGGGAGGGGUCAGGGAAGGACAGGGGCGGAGGGAGAAGGUCACCUCAGUGGCAAUCUUCUCGGGAGGAAGAGGUUUCCGUAGUCUGGGCGAAGGAUCCACCACAGCCAGUGGGGGUAACACAAGGGAAAGUACACUCAUGGUUUGGCAACUCCCAUUAGUAGUUAACCAAUGAAGAAGAAAGGCAGUUUAUCUCCUCCCCCUCGUCAGGUGCACAUAGCAUGAGAGGAACCAAUAAGAAAUGUGUUCCAGGAUGGAACUUUCGUCCAUUUCCAUGCUGGUCAGUUGUGUCUAAGGAGUUACAGAGUGUAGUAGUGAACUCCUGUAACUACAGCUUCUGUGUCUGCCAUGUUUCAGUCCCUCAGGCCACCCAUUGGACCAUCUGAGAGCUUUUAACAUGCACAGUUUUAGCCAGAUGAUGCAUCAGUAUGGCAGAGCACAUCUGCACCGAGGGGAGGGGGAUGGGUACCAUCAGAUGAGAUUUGAAGAGACUCAAACAAGAUGACCCUGUAUAUCUAUUGCGUGGAUACAGGGAGAUGUGGCUGAGAAGUGACUGUCAGAUUGGAAUUUUCCGUUUUUGGCUCCUGGAGGGGUUUGACAAAUACAGUUUCUGCGUUGUCACUCAUAAAUGUCUCGUCUGUCUUGAAACAGAUGAUGUUGAGACACUAUUGGAGUAUAUUUAACGGAUCUAAUGGCUAUCCUGUAUAGUUGUAUAGUUAUGUAUCAUAUAAAGUAAUGUAUCAUGUAUGAAAAACUGAAUUCUACAAAUCUGUCAUACUGUACACCCUGAAGUUUACAAUGCAUCCAAAAACUAAUUAAAUCUAUUAUUGUUUUGUGGGUACCGUAAAUAACUUAUUUUCAGUUAUUCCUUAUGAUGUGAAGUAAAGCCAAUGUUUUAAAUUGUGAAUGAUAGAGCCAUGCUCUGCAGAGUUCAAUUGUUUGAUGGUACAUUUGACACUGUGUCACUUUACUUUUUAAAAUAAAAUGCAUCAUAGAC